GAAGGAUCCGGAGGCAGGGGAGAAGAUGAGCAGUGAGGAGCUGUGGCUUUUCAAGCAGUUGAAUCACCACCUGGAGCAGGAGGGGCGGUUUCAGCCCCGCGAGAAGGGGCUCAGCCUCAUCGAGUGCGCCCCCGAGAAUGAAAAUACUCUGUGUCCGAGACAAAGGAAUGCCAAGGUGGAAGAUCUUUGGAGUCUGACCAACUUUUUUGGUUUUGCAACUGAAACGUUUGUUUUGGCUGUUAACAUUCUGGACAGAUUCUUGGCUCUGAUGAAGGUGAAACCGAAGCAUUUAUCUUGCAUCGGAGUUUGUUGUUUCCAGCUGGCUGCCCGAGUAGUUGAAGAAGAAUGCAAUAUUCCAUCUGCUCAUGAGAUCAUCCGGAUCAGCCAAUGUAAAUGCACUGUGUCCGACCUGAAACGGAUGGAGAAGAUAAUUUCAGAAAAGUUGCACUUUGAAUUUAAAGCUACUACUGCCUUAACCUUCUUGCACUUGUACCAUACUAUUGUACUCUGUCAUACCUCAGAAAGGAAAGAAGUAUUGAAUCUGGACAAAUUGGAAGCACAGCUAAAGGCUUGCAACUGUCGUCUAGUUUUUUCUAAAGCCAAACCAUCUGUCUUGGCCUUGUGCCUUCUCACUCUAGAAGUUCAGACUUUGAAAUCGGUUGAGCUGUUUGAGAUCCUUCUGUGUGUUCAAAAGCACUCUAAGAUAAGUGAUAGUGACCUACUUUACUGGAGGGAGCUGGUCUCAAAAUGCCUAGCAGAUUAUUCUUCUCCUGAAUGUUGCAAGCCUGAUCAUAAAAAAUUAGUUUGGAUUGUUUCAAGACGUACAGCCCAGAAUCUACAGAACAGUUACUACAGUGUUCCUGAGUUGCCAACAAUACCAGAGGGUGGAUGUUUCAAUGAAAGCGAGAGUGAAGACUCCUGUGAAGAUAUGAGCAGCGGAGAAGAAAGCCUUAGCAGUUCUCCGAGUGAUCUGGAAGGCACCUUCUUCUUUGAACUCAAACCUAAAACAAAGUGGCAAACUCUUAACUGUCGGUCUUAGUAUGAAGUCUUGAUUGUAUUAGGGUGAGAUUUCUAACGCACUGUAGAGUCUUCUGGCAAUAAUAAAUGAGGAGGUGGUAUUCUGUAAACUGUCGGUAUUAAGGCAAGAGUUGCUGUGGUAUAUCAAUGCUUUGAAUGCCUGCCUUGUUGUUUCUGUUGUUAUAAUUUUAGAGAAGAAAAAAAAAAUCUUUCAGGUCCCCAGUUCAGCAAAAAAA